GUCAUAUGACUGACAGCAACUGGGUGAGGUUUUUAAGAAGAAAAAAAAAAAAGAAAUAGAGAGGCCCAGCUGUGAAGUUGAAGAUUUCCUGUUUCCCCAGGACUUGCUAGUGUGUGAGUCACAGAGGUUGCAGGCAGCCCAUAGGAAUGUAGGGAGGGCUGCUGGCUGCUCAGCCCCAGCACAAGGCAAGAACUCAGCUCAACUAAAGAAACUUUGUGGAUUACUUCUUACGGUUCUGGAUUUUUAUGAGGCGGGGGGAAUGGAUUCUAUGGCUAAGGUUCUGCAACUUCUUUUACUUUGGACCCUGAUGGUCUCCUGCCACUCUGCCACUCUACACUUUGAGGACGAUGUCAGCUUCAUGUUGAACCAGCCUCCAAACACACUCUGUGUAUUUUGUGAUGUUCUGAAUGCAACAUGCAAAGAAAGCAAAGGGAAAUGCAAAACUAGCUGCGACAAACAUGCUUAUUGUGAAGAUGCUGAAGAGGUUUGUGCGACCUUGUGGAGAAGGAAUGGUUUCCAUGUAACUGAGGAAACACUAUGUCACAAUCCCCAGUUGCUGCUAUAUGGACACAAAUUAAAUGAUUUCAACUCCUCAACAUGUCACAUGAAAAGGAUGGCUCAUGAACAAACUCUGUUUAUAUGUGCUUGUAAUGAAGAUCUUUGUAACCAAGAGUUUACAUUUGAUAAAAAAGAUCAUCAGAAAGACACGCCAAGCCAUAAAAGAAGACCACAUAAAGUGCCUCAACAGAAAUCAAUGCCAUCUGAAAAUGCCACCAGCGCUUUUAGUAAGGUCGUAGAUGGUCAGAUAUGGCGUCAACUAUGCAAAUUUUGUGACAAUAGGACUUCCGAAUGUAUGUUUAAAGAACCAAAUUGUGAAAGCAGUUGCAAUAUAACUUCAAUAUGUCCAGCAGAAGGCGAAGUAUGCGUGGCAAUAUGGAGGAGUAAUGGUACUUCCGCAACUGAAGAAACACUGUGCCAUGACCCCACACAACCCAUAUACGGGUACAUGCUUGAUGACUAUAACAACAAGAAUUGUAUCAUGAAAGAAAAAAAGACUUCUGAAGGAAUUAUGUUCAUGUGUUCUUGCAGUUAUGAAGAAGAAUGUAAUCUAAUUUUUUUAUGGGACGAAGAAAAUGUCGCUUGGCCAGACACAACAUUUGUGGCACUUUCAAGUCUACUUCCACCACUUGUGAUUGCGUUUACAGUAAUCUGUAUUUUUUAUUGUUACCGUAUCCAUAGGAAAAAUAAGCUCAGCAAAAAGUGGGACAAUAACCAAAAAUGUAUUAGACACCAGAAUAUGGAGUGUAGUGACGACUGUGCCAUGAUGCUUGAUGAUGACCGCUCAGACAUAAGCUCAACUUGUGCCAACAAUUUGAAUCACAACACUGAGUUACUACCCAUUGAGCUGGACACUUUAGUUGGCAAAGGACGUUUUGCAGAGGUGUAUAAAGCCAAACUGAAACAAAAUACUUCAGAUCAGUUUGAGACAGUAGCUGUCAAAAUUUUCCCUUAUGAAGAGUAUACAUCCUGGAAAAUAGAGAGAGAAAUAUUUUCUGACAUAAAUCUUAAGCAUGAAAAUGUUUUGCAAUUCUUGACUGCAGAAGAGAGGAAGACUGAUGUUGGCAAACAAUACUGGCUAAUCACAGCUUUCCAUUCCAAAGGCAAUUUGCAAGAGUACUUAACAAGGCAUAUUAUUAGUUGGGAGGACUUGUUACAGCUCGGUAGCUCUUUAGCUCGUGGUGUGGCACACUUGCAUAGUGACCACACACCUUGUGGAAGACCAAAGACACCAAUUGUUCAUCGAGACCUGAAAAGUUCAAAUGUACUUGUUAAAAAUGAUAUAACCUGUUGUGUAUGUGACUUUGGGUUAUCCCUUUGGCUUGACCCAUCUCUAUCAGUGGAUGACCUUGCCAACAGCGGACAGGUUGGGACUGCUAGAUAUAUGGCCCCAGAGGUCCUUGAAUCAAGAAUUAAUUUGGAGAACAUGGAGUCAUUUAAACAAGCUGAUGUGUAUUCUAUGGCACUUGUCCUGUGGGAAAUCACAUCCCGCUGUAAUGCAAUUGGAGAAGUAAAGGACUAUGAACCACCAUUUGGCUCCAAGGUACGGGAGCAUCCGUGUGUUGAAAGCAUGAAGGAUAACGUCCUAAGAGACAGAGGUAGACCAGAAAUUUAUAACAGCUGGUCAAAUCAUCCGGGUAUUCAUCUAGUAUGUGAAACCAUCACAGAAUGUUGGGACCAUGACCCGGAGGCCAGACUCACAGCCCAAUGCGUGGCUGAGAGAUUUUAUGAGUUAGAGCAUCUUGACAGAAUCUCUGAGAGAAGCUGCUCGGAAGAAAAAAUACCAGAGGACUGCACGGAAAACACAAACAAAUGAAACGUACAUUAGAGACGUCAUCUUUUUUGGAAACGUAUCACUGCAGUGAGUGCAGCCAAGGAAAUCUUUGGAAACUAUGCAAUAAGUCAUUGAGUCCAGGAUAAAUUGUUUAUAACUGGAGCAAUAUCUAACACGCUUUCCAGUUUGAAAGCUGACAUUGCCAUAGAGUGAUCAUUUUAGGAUCUCUCUGGACAUUUUUCUCUAAAAAUAGCCAUACUUAAUGUGCACUUUAUUCAUAUUUGUAUAAAACUACACAUUGGCUUUAAUGUGUGGACACAUUGUCUAAGAUAAACCAAAGGUAUAUUACUAGGAAAAUAUAUAAUGCAUAGGACAAUUGAUUAUAAGAAAAAAACUUGAUAGAGCUAUUCACAAAGUUAAUACAUAAGCUGUGAUUGGUUGUCUUUGUAUGUUUGUGUACAAAACUGAAUUUUUAUCUUUAGAAAAUUAUAUUUUUGAGUCGCUACCCUCUAACCCUUUCUUUAAUUUUCCUUCUGUGUGAAUGAGGUUGUUUGGCUAUGUUCUCAUCAAAUUUUUUACAUUCUUUUAAAAUGUUCUUUUUCGUUGUUUAAAAAAAAGUACAAUAUUUACAGAAAGCAAACAUGGUUUUUGUAUGCAUUUUCAAAAGGAUCCUUUUUUUCUUGUUUAGAGAUGUUAAUGUAAUUUGAUAUUACUACAGACCAAAAUUCUGAACCAAAAAAAAAAUAAUAGCCCACCCUUCAGACAUGAGACAGUCUCAAGGUCUCCUGUGGAAAAAAACUGAUCCAUAUGAAAACGUUUCAAGGGUAAAUGAACAAAAUCUGGAUUACGUGCAGAUUUUCUGCACGGAUUUGGGUUUAGAAAAUCCGCACAGUAGGUCAUGUACAUUGUAUUCUAUGAGAAUUUGAAAUUCUCAUGCACACAAUGCAGAUUUUAAAUCCGCAGCAUGUCAAUUUAUUGUAUUUUUCCUGACUGGAUUUUCUCCAUUCACUUCAAUAGGGAGAGGAAAAUCCGCAUCAAAUCCGCACAUAAAUCUGCCCCAAUUGAUGCGGAUUGACUGCAUGGAUUUCUUGCGAACAUCUGCGGAUUUCAGUGCAGAUUGUCCACACAUAAAUCCUGAACGUGUACAUUUACCCUUAGGCCUCAUGCACACAAAUGUAUUUUCAUUCCGUGUCCAUUCCGUGCCAGAUCAGCUAUUCUUUGUGCAUUUCAAAGCAAAAUAUGCAUAAAAUGGUUAUUAUUUCUUGGGGGCUGAUUUUUUUUUCCCCAGGUAAAAGUCAAUAACAUAAUUUUCUAAUCCAAAAAAUGUAUUCUCUAACCUGUUAAAAUGGCACAUGAUAUAAACUGUAGUGAAGGUAAUAUUUUUACCAGAGACUGUAUUUGUGGGUUAGAACUAGGCUUGAGUGAAUUGAUCUUCAGAUCAUAGAUCCGAAGUUGAUUCAUGCAAAUAUCUCAAUUUUAAUGCUGUUUCCGUAAAGCAUUAAAAUGUAUUGGACCCAUGAAGUUGUGUGAGACUUAGGUGAAUUAUUACUGUAUUAAUAUGUGCCUUUAAAAACAAUUUAAAAUAGCAAUCUGAAGUGGGCUUUAGCACUGAGGUACCAGCCAAUACCAAAUGCCACUUCAGGUUUCUAUUUUAAAUGGUUUUUAAUGACGCAGAUAGUAAUUCACCAAAGUCUUGGUUGAGACAAACUUUGGAUCCACAGAGGCAAUACAUUUUAAUGCUGUACUGAAACUGCAUUAAAAUUGAAGUAUUUGAACUAAUCGACUUCUAUGAUCCAAAGGUCGAUUUGCUCAAGCCUAGUUAUGACCUUCCUUCUAACUCUCAGCUGUGUCAUUUGACCUGCACUCUGCCUCUCCAAAUAACACACCAUCUUAUGUGUUGACAAGAAGCCAGUUUCUCUAUGUAUUCCUCAAUGUCAGUCUCAAAGGAAUGAAUAGAGAAGUAACUGACUUCCUGUCCUAUGUCAGUUGGAAAUCAGAGAGUUGGUCACAUGACACAGCUGAGGAUCAGAAGGGAGGCUAUAAAGAUGUAAAAUACAUGAGAGGUGAAAAAAGUUCUGGGUUUGUGAUAUAAAUGACCUACCCUCAUAUCAUAAGUAUUCUAUUAGUGAGGGCCUGAUACCCUGUAUCUCCACCAAUAAGCUGUCACCUGCAGUCUCUGGUGCAAAAAAUAAGUUCUCAUAUGGUCAUGUGAACUUAAAAAAAAUAAUAAUGAAAAUGAAAAAAUGGUCUUGAAGAGGUUAAUUGACCUAUCAUGAACAUGUCAUCAAUAUAAGGAACCUGGAAAACCUGUUUAAUUACACUUUCUUGUAGUUCGUAAUAAUUGUUGAACAUUUCUUUAGUGUGGGAUUUUGUUCCCUACUUUUAUUUGAAAGUACUUCCUCACUGAUACAUACUUUGAGAAUGGAUGUCCAUGUGUCAUUGCAAAAAGCCAUAUGUCUUUGUAUAAGGCGCCUAUUUCAGAUACUCAUAUUCAGGCGGCCAAAACCUACAGUUUGUGCCCAGUCAUCUGAUCAUCUCUCAUAGAUUAUAAUGGAAAGUACUAUCUUUUGCACAACUCUUUCCCAUCUGCAAAUGGAGGACAUGGGACCACUAUUUUUUGUGGGUUAAAUGGUAUAUCCUAUUGAUAUGCUUUUAAUACAUAAAAAAGCCAUGGAGUGUUCCUGGUGCCCCCGAGAGGCAUAAAGAUCUACCAUAUUUUUAUAUCUUACUCUGCAC